UCUGAAUAUCAAGCUAACUUCAUCGUGGUGUAGGACGAAACCCCACCUCAGAAAUAUCACAGCAAAAUAGCUCAGUCCCUUGUUUUUAUAUAUUAAUACACACAACCUUCUUUCACACUCACACUUGGACUAAUGAAUAAUGGCAAUGAUUUCUCCCAACGAGACAACAUCUGAAGACUAUUCUGAUUACUACAACUUAACUCCAGGCGACUACUCACCCCACAACACCAACAACAUAAAGGCCUUCAGCAGAGUCUUCCUCCCUACAAUCUACAGCAUCGUUUUCAUCGUGGGGUUAAUUGGCAACGGCCUGGUGCUGUGUGUCCUGGUCAAGUACCAUAAAAGGUCCAACAUGUCAGAUGUGUGCCUCUUCAACCUGGCCCUUUCAGACCUCCUUUUCCUUCUCUCAUUGCCUUUCUGGGCUCAUUACGCCGCCAUCACUCAGUGGGUCUUUGGGAGAUUCAUGUGCCAUGCAGUGACAGCACUGUACAUGCUGGGAUACUAUGGAAGCAUCUUCUUCAUGAUGCUCAUGACCAUAGACCGCUAUGCUGUCAUUGUCCACACCCAUACCUCUCUCCUCUCCAAGUACCGGUCUGUCAGAGCAAUCAUAGCCCUGAUUUUGUUUACGUGGACACUUAGCCUGGUAGCUUCUCUGCCAAAUAUCAUUUUCUCACAAACAAGCAUGUCAAAUAAACCAAAUGAAUCCACAUGUAGUUUUGAACAUCCAAACCCGAAGUGGAGGCUGUUCUUUUACAUCGAGCUGAACAUCCUCAGCUUAAUCAUUCCUCUCUCAGUGAUGGUGUUCUGCUACUCGCGCAUCAUCCCCAUCUUAAUGUCCAUGAAGUCUCAGAAGAAACACAAAGCUGUCAGACUCAUACUGGUCUUGGUCAGUGUUUUCUUCAUUUUCUGGACGCCUUACAACGUCGUCAUCUUUCUGAAGUUCCUUCAUCAACUGGGUUAUAUAAACACCAGUCAGUGGUAUCAGGACCUGAACAUGGCUAUGGAGUGGGUGGAAAGCAUAGCAUUCACUCACUGCUGCCUCAACCCCAUCAUCUAUGCCUUUGUGGGGCAGAGAUUCAGGAAUUUAUUUCUAAAGAUCCUGAAAGAGUGGUUUCCUCUCUGCUUUGGUCAGUGCCCAAUAAUUGAAAGUGAGUGCUCACAGAGGAUGACCACUAUGUACUCAUGCUCCUCAGUGACAGAUCAAAGUCAAAACAUCUAAACUAUGCUUAAUAAUUUUGACCAGGCCGUGUUUGUGAACUACUUGUUACCAUCAUAAAGUUUUUAGAAAAUAACAUUUAAAAUAUAUGGUUUAAUACCUUGCAGUGAUUUUGUUCAUUCUUCCCCAAACACAUACACAUUCUGAGACCAGCUGGUCUACACAGGAGACUUUUGCUCAGUCCCAGGAACAGAAUUAACAUACAUUACACAACAUACAUUCUCCAGAGGGAUAAAAAGUUCUACAUUAUACAAUAUAAGAGCUGCAUUUACCAUCAAGCAUCGGAUGUCUGUGACUCUGUAAAUUCUCUUAUUUUACCUUCUCUAUAUUGUGUAUUCAUGUUUUGUACAAAAAAACCCAUUUAUUACUUUUAUUAACAAAAUAUUAUUCUUUGGUGUCAGUUACAUUAAGUUGCACAGUAACCUCAUAAAUUAGAGUCAGGUCAAUAAUUAAAUAAAGUGCUAUUAUGUCAGUAAUAGCAGUUUCAGGGCAAAAAAUUAUCCCAGUCAAUAGUCAUGUUUUCAAGUUGUUGAUGUAAACUUGGCUACUGAUAGUGUUAUUUCUAUUAAUGAAAACCUUUCACACUUGAAAUUUAGAAGCUGCUCUGAAGCUUUUUGCAGUGUUUACCUCAUAUUGUGGUGCCAGUGUGAAAGAAAAUUAAAUAGCAUGUUUCUGAUAUCACUUGAAAACCUGAACAUAGCAACACUUAACAAAAAAUGGCUCAGAAGUCAAGGAUCAGUUGGCAAAACAGUGAACAUCCCAAAAUGCAUUCUGUAGCAAGAAAAAAAUAGUUCCUGUUGAAAGGUGACAUAGAGACAGGUGACUGUGUUUAAGAAAGAUUUUUGUCAUUUAGACUGUACAUGUAAAGAAGAGACAGAACUGACUGCAUUUCUAAAAAUGGCUCUAAACAUCACUUCUAAAAAGUUACUCUGUGCCUAGUGGAAACACAACAAACACCAUAAUCCUAGCU